GCCGGCGCGUCGUGAUGGAGCCGGGCGGUGGCGGAGGUCCGGGCUUGUUAAUUGUCAACAAUAAGCAACGGAGCGGGGGUCUCGGGCUGACGACGACGCCGCCUCCGCCAGGCGGAAAAGGCCGCGAGCCCAACCGCAACCAGCGCAAGGAUUCGGAGGGCUAUUCUGAGUCACCAGACUUUGAGUUUGAAUAUGCAGACACAGACAAAUGGGCUGCUGAGCUGUCAGAAUUGUAUAGCUAUACAGAAGGUCCUGAAUUCCAACUCAACAGAAAAUGCUUUGAGGAAGAUUUUAGACUGCAUGUCCUGGAUAAGAAGUGGACAGAACUGGACACCAAUCAGCAUCGCACCCAUGCCAUGAGACUUCUUGAUGGCCUUGAAGUCACUGCUCGGGAGAAAAGGCUUAGGGUAGCACGAGCUAUCCUUUAUGUUGCACAAGGCACAUUUGAUGAAUGCAGUUCUGAAGCUGAAGUUCAGUCUUGGAUUCGAUAUAACAUAUUCCUUCUGCUUGAAGUUGGCACAUUCAAUGCUUUGGUGGAACUUUUGAACAUGGAAAUUGAUAACAGUGCUGCCUGCAGCAGUGCAGUGAGGAAGCCUGCCAUCUCCCUGGCUGACAGCACAGAUCUGAGGGUGCUGUUGAAUAUUAUGUACCUUAUUGUGGAGACUGUCCGUCAAGAGUGUGAAGGAGACAAGCCUGAGUGGAAGACAAUGAGACAGACCUUCAGAGCAGAACUAGGGGCUCCGUUGUAUAACAGUGAACCAUUUUCGGUGAUGCUUUUCGGGAUGGUGACCAAAUUCUGCAGUGGCCACGCCCCACAUUUCCCUAUGAAGAAGGUGUUGCUGCUGCUCUGGAAGACUGUCCUAUGUACCCUUGGAGGAUUUGAGGAGCUCCAGGAUAUGAAAGCAGAGAAGCGGGAGAUGUUAGGGCUCCCACCACUGCCCGAGGAUAGCAUAAAGGUGAUACGCAAUAUGAGAGCGGCUUCUCCUCCUGCAUCUGCUUCUGAUUUGAUUGAGCAGCAACAGAAACGGGGUCGCCGAGAGCACAAGGCUCUUAUUAAACAGGAUAACUUGGAUGCCUUCAAUGAGCGAGAUCCUUACAAAGCCGAUGACUCCCGUGAAGAGGAAGAAGAGAAUGAUGAUGACAAUAGUCUUGAGGGAGAGACAUUCCCUCUUGAAAGAGAUGAGGUGAUGCCCCCUCCUGUCCAGCACCCUCCAACUGACCGACUAACUUGUCCAAAGGGUUUGCCUUGGGCCCCCAAGGUCAGAGAGAAAGACAUUGAGAUGUUUCUGGAAUCUAGUCGGAGCAAAUUUAUUGGCUACACCUUAGGGAGUGACACCAAUACAGUAGUAGGACUGCCCAGACCCAUUCAUGAGAGUAUCAGAACUUUGAAACUGCACAAGUAUACAUCUAUUGCAGAGAUUCAAGUGCAGAUGGAAGAGGAGUACUUGCGUUCCCCCUUGUCAGGGGGUGAAGAAGAGGUUGAGCAAGUUCCUGUAGAAAUCCUGUAUCAGGGUCUACUUCCUAGCCUGCCCCAGUACAUGAUUGCCUUGCUGAAGAUUCUACUAGCUGCAGCACCCACCUCCAAAGCCAAGACUGAUUCCAUUAACAUCCUAGCAGAUGUUUUGCCAGAGGAGAUGCCAACAACUGUGUUGCAGAGUAUGAAGCUGGGAGUUGAUGUGAAUAGACAUAAAGAGAUCAUUGUAAAGGCCAUUUCUGCUGUUCUGCUGCUACUGCUCAAACAUUUUAAAUUAAAUCAUGUCUAUCAGUUUGAAUACAUGGCCCAGCACCUGGUGUUUGCCAAUUGCAUUCCACUUAUAUUGAAAUUCUUCAAUCAGAAUAUUAUGUCAUACAUUACAGCCAAAAACAGCAUCUCUGUUUUGGAUUAUCCAUACUGUGUGGUACAUGAGCUGCCUGAGCUGACUGCAGAGAGUCUGGAAGCUGGAGACAACAAUCAAUUUUGCUGGCGGAACCUGUUUUCCUGCAUCAAUCUACUUAGAAUAUUGAAUAAAUUAACAAAGUGGAAACACUCUAGGACCAUGAUGCUGGUGGUGUUCAAGUCUGCUCCUAUUCUGAAACGAGCCCUCAAAGUGAAGCAGGCCAUGAUGCAGCUGUAUGUUCUCAAGCUUCUCAAGGUGCAGACAAAGUAUCUAGGACGGCAGUGGAGAAAAAGUAACAUGAAGACUAUGUCAGCAAUCUACCAAAAAGUGCGACAUCGGCUCAAUGAUGACUGGGCUUAUGGCAAUGAUCUGGAUGCACGUCCAUGGGACUUCCAGGCUGAAGAGUGUGCUCUGCGUGCCAGCAUAGAGCGUUUCAACUCCCGGCGUUAUGAUCGGGCACAUAACAACCCUGAUUUUCUGCCUGUGGAUAACUGUUUGCAGAGUGUUCUAGGCCAGCGUGUGGAGCUACCUGAAGAUUUCCAAAUGAAUUAUGACUUGUGGCUGGAAAGGGAAGUUUUUUCUAGACCCAUCUGUUGGGAAGAAUUACUGCAGUGACAUCUGAUGAGGAAAAUCUCAGAAUUCAGAGCUAGUACAUGUGCCCAAAGACUAGGUUCCUGCUCUUCAGUCAACCAGGCAUAGAGGAGAUAUAUGGAUUUUUCAUUUAUUGUAAAGAAACCUGCAGUUCUACCCUUCAUCUCCAGGUGGCAGCAGUUAUUUUUUUACUGCUCUCAGGAUCCUGUCAAUAUGGCUUCUCUUAAAUCUUUUGGGUUGCUUCAGUUACUGGUCAGUCUGGAAGCUGCUUUGAGACAUGAACCAGUUGAAAAAAAAUUGGGAAAAUAUCAGUGUUGGCACUGAUUGCUGUUCAGUGAUCCUUGUCAGGCUUCUGUUCACUGAGCCUGGGUAGCUACUCUAUUUCAAAGCUGGAAUAGUAGCUUUUUCUGUUUUGUCCCCAUGCUUAUACCAAAAGGACAGAACAGCAGUAAUUUCUUGCAGGCUUACAUGAAAGAAAGAAUAUUGUGGGUGUAAUAAGAAAUUAUAGAUGGUGCAUACUAUUCUCCAUGCUGAUAUAAGAAAGGAGAUCUGUGAAGUCCCAUCUAGUAGAUGUAGGGGUGCAGUAUAAUCAAGAGGAGCAGGAACUGGGCAUAGGGUGUUUUUAUAGCAGUGCCAAUAGUAUGCUCUUCUUUUGGGAGUUGGUGGGAAUAUUAUAAAUGGCUUGUCCUUGCCUAAAGAAGUGAGCAGGUAAUUUUAUUUGUAUCAGGGCUGUUGUCCCACUUUGUUCUCCUGGCAUAGCCAAACUCCUUAAAGAACUACAGGUCAUACCCAGUGUAAUUUAAUACUAAUAUCUAUUUUUAUUAAGUAUACUUCAGUUUUGGAGGUUGCACCCGACAAGGGCAAACUCUCAGUGUUGCUUUUCUGUUUUCAAUGUGCCAUCCUUCCAUUUGUCUGAGACCUGCUCUUCAAGCAGUUUUUCAGCACUGGUGCACCAAGGUAGUGCAGUUUUCCUGGUCUGCCUGCAUGCCAAUCCCUUGUUUGUGUCUCUGCUUCUCAGUUAAGUAUAGCAUACCCAACACACUUACUGCUGAUUAAGACAAGCAAAUUCAUUCACUUUCCAGCUGGAUACUCCACUCCAGCCUCAUUCUCACUCGCAAAGACAAGAUGAGGUGCCAGGCCUGUGUCUGGACUUAUUCCAACUAGCCCCACACCUGUUUGGAAUAGGGCAGUCCAAACAAAGGUUACCUGCCUCCAUUAAGCCUGUUCAAACCAAUAUAAUGAACAAGGUGAAAACAAGGACACCUACUUGAAAUUGAUAAGUGGAAAGGACUUGUUAAUAAAGUAGGUGUUUCCUUUUCCUUAGAAGAAGGUAUCUCCUGUGGGAAUGGACUCUCAGCUGUUGCUGAGUAUAUUUGCUUCCAUUCAGGAGCAAAGAAAUACAACAGGUUAGCACCAAGUACUGCAAGAUGGUGGAUUUUUUCCUUUUGUUUUGUUUCUCCUCUGUGCUCUUAAUUACAUACUUACAUUGAAGUCCUAAGGCAACUUACUUAGAAUUAAAUUCCAUUGAAAAUAUUUUAGGGUUGGGGGUUCAUUAAAAUACUACCACAGUACUGGGGGCUUGGAGAGCACUGGUCCAGCCCUUUGUAUUGAGCCUGGAUUAGUUAUAAUCCAAACACUCUGAUAAGUUUUUUCUGCAUCGUUGAAUUUCAUUUAGGCAGAGAGCUGCAGGGACCAAGGUAACCUUGAUGGUUUAAAGAUAGGAAACAAUUUUAAUACAUCAAAUGCAUUCAGUUUAAGAAAGUGCCUGCCAGGCAGCCAGUCCAAAAAUUGUGAUUUAACCACAGAUGGGGGUUCCAGGGGUUUUUUUUUUUCCGAAAUGUACUAUAAUGAGAAGUUGGAUUUCCCCAUAUCUGUAUUGUGAACAGUGUGAUGGUGACAUGAUCGUGCAACAAAAGCAUAUGGUCACAUAAAACAUUAAAAACAAAAUACCUUUCAAGCUUAUAAUGGUUAUUUUUGUAUAUGAAUCUUCAGCUUUAAGUGCCUCCUGGAAAGACACCAAGAAACUUGUCUGAUGUAAAUUGGAGACUUUGGAAGGAGGUUAGAUUAUGAAUUCAUCUUCAGUAUGGGAACAGCUUAACUAGAGUUUAGGUGUGAAUGCUACUUUUCUGUUGUGUUGGAGGCUUUAGCGAAUUGGUAGGAAAACCCCUCCAGUCAUUAUCUGAAAAUAGGGUAACCUGAUGGUAAGUUAAUGUUCUCCUUAUAUCUGCAAUUGUAUAGAUUUCAGAUAUAAAAAAAAAUCCCCACCAUUUCUAAUGGCAUGCAAACUUAGGAUGCCUGCUGUAGAUGAUUUGGACUACUCUGACUGUAGUUUUUAACAGGCUGUAUUAUGUUUACACACAAGAAGUAAUUUGUGACUGUCAGUGUCAUAUCGUUGUAACUAUAUAAGUAGAAACACUUCCUCUUGUUGCACUUGACAUAGUGAAUUUAUUUAUAAUGAGGAUUUACAGCUCACCUUUUAAUAAAAUAUUGAAGGUGGCUUAUACUCAGAAUUAAAAUAUCCUAUAGCAAAAUGACAGCAAAGGCAAUACCAAAUGGCUCUUGGGUCUAAUUGCUAUGCUUUCUGCAGAAGCAAAGAUGCAGAGAUUGUGUAUUUCUGACUGGAAUGCAUAAGCAGUUUUGCAAGCUGCAUGGAGCCAUAUAAUACAUGGAGUGCAGAUAAGGCACGCUCAGGCUGUGCAGCUGGCUAAGAUGUAGCAGCUUCACACAGGUGAAAGGGUUGUGUGCUCAUACUUACAUAGCCUUGUUGAGUGCAUCUGCAUCUUGCUUAGGCAAAAUCCAUCUCUACCAAUCAUUUAUGUAUCCUUUCAUAUCGGAAUGGGCUUCUAUGAGCCUGCAGAUGUUUUCUUUAAUUCAGCUGCAGUUGUAACACCUUUUUUAUUAUUCCUUGCUUUAAUUGCUUGUGGUUUCCCUUACAUUCCAUCUCUUCCUCACUUUCCUUUUCAGUUGCACAGUAAAAUUAUGUAUGGCUUUAACAUGGUACUAAUUCAUUUUGCUAUGGCAGUACUGAUUUCUUCCUAGGGAGAGUGGCUUCAGGCAAGGUACAGUUUGUCUAUUUGAAAUAUAUCCCAGUCAAGCUCAGAUACAGCCUUGUUAAAUGUAUGUGGACUUUUGAGGAAUGUGCAUGUCUAACCAGUUUUCUGCAAACUGGAGCCCUCCAGAUGUCUUAGAUUGCAAGUGCCAUCAUUCUUAGUCCAUAUGGUCUACUGUAGUGCCUUCACUGCACCCUUAUUCCUGUUUCUCUACAAGCUCAGGUUUAAAGACAUAUUUCAGCAAGUAAUUUGGGUUCCUAAUUACAGCAAUCACUGUGCUGCUUGCAUGCUUUGAUUGUGUAAUUACACUUGCUUACACACACUCUAAUUGAGAGGAACAAUUGUGUAAUAAAUUUCUAAAAAACUGAUUUAUACCACCAACUUCCAUUGGCCAAAAAAAAAAAAAAAAAAAUCCCAGGCAGAGUUGUGUUUCAUGACUAAUAUGAUGAAACAAAUCAGCAUUUUUGUGGUUUAUAUAAUAUAGAACUCUGUAUUAUCCCUUAACAGUCUUGAAUUAUUUAACUAUUAUAGUAACAUAAAAUGAAAAUGAAACCAGAAGCACUUAGAGUAAGUUUCUGUACCCACCACCCCUCCAGCUUUGACUCAGACUCUGAUUUGGCAUUUCAGAAAAUCAUCCAAACCAUUUUGGGCCAUUCAGGAAUGCAUCUGCUUUUAUUUGUUUCCAAAGUCAAAUGGAAAUGGAAAUCAAAUGGAUGGAAAUCUGAUCACAGGAAUUCUAAACAUUGUCACUAACAGUUGUUUGCUCUCAGUCAGAAUUGGAUGAUAGUUGCAAACAUAGCAGUCCCUUAAGGGAGGAGAUUGUCACCUAAAUGACAGAAAAAUAGGUGCAGGGAACUUGAUGCCACACACCUUUAUAUUUUGAUUUGGUUUUGGUGGGGGUGAAUAAUUCACCACUUUUAUUUCAUGGCAAAAUUGAAUGAAAACUGCAGGGAUAAUUGCCCCUUUGUAAACUAUUAAGCCUGGCUUAUUUCAGAACAAUAGUUUGGAAGAAACUUAGUACAAAGCAAGUCAUAUGACCUAAUCUAUUUUCAUAGUCUCCAAAAGAUAUCACACUCUUCCCCCGUGUUCUGGACAUGACAGUCUAAUAAUGAUCCCAAGUCAGGGGUCUUCAAAUUUUUUGGUCAGUAGAUAUGAAAAUAUAAAAAACUUCAGUAGGCUCCACAGACAAAAUGCCUAAUCAGUGGACUGUUGCUUUUGACAUCUGCUUGUCACACUAUGGAAUUUAGGCUGCACCUUAUUCAGCAAAAACUGUACUUCAAUGUCUGUUUGACACUGCAACUUCAAUAAAGGAUUGUCUUAAUUUGCUGGUGGUACAAUA